CUCUCACAUUGGUAUUGGCUUCGUGUGAUCGUCGAUCGUCGUCAGAGUGCGUGGAUUGGGCUUGAGAGACACUCGUGGUUCUGUUCUGUCGGUUGCAGUCGAUUGUAGGGAUGUAUAGAAACGAGACUGCUGUCGAGUCGAAUCAAAUUUUACGACCCAACCAGGUUGGCAGAACGCCGGGCAUGUUUUACAGCUUACUGUUGAAGUGGAUGGACAUUGCUGCUUGCGUUUCUGCUGAGAAACAUGCGAAGAUGUCUUGUGUCACUGUGGCUAUGGACGACUUAAAGUUUAAACAGCACCAAGUAAAACCAGGCAAUUUGGUUACAGUCAGAGCUCAAGUCAACCGGGCAUUUGGCUCUAGUAUGGAGGUUGGUGUUCUUGUGUGGGCAGAACGAAUUGAGUCGGGUGACAAAAUACAAAUUUGCCAGGGCUUUUUCACAUUUGUUGCUACAUCUGAUGUUCCUCGCACUAAGGUUCAACUUGCACCAGUUCAGGUUAUAACUGAAGAAGAACAAAAACAGCAUGUACUUGCUUUUGAAAGAAGAAAGAUUAGACAGGCGUCGUUACAUAACAUUUGCAAUAUAGUGCAAGAUCUACAGAGGACUGUUCCAGAGUCGAGCCGUAUUGGGUUGUCUCGGGAUGAUGUUGGGCGCAAGGUCGAAUGCAGACGGACAACAGUAGAGAGUCUAGAACUAGUCAUGCCUCAGCAUGCUAACCAUCACGGAACAGCAUUUGGAGGACAGAUUCUUGAGUGGAUGGGAAAUGUUGCUUUUAUUGCAGCGAGUCGUGUGUGUCAGACUGUCAUGACUAUGCCAGUUGCACUCGAUCGUGUUAUUUUCCGAAGACCAGCAAAUGUUGGCGACAGACUGUUUCUCAAAGCGUGUGUCAAUGCAAUUUUUCACACCACGAUGGAGGUUGGAGUUCGAGUGGAAGCUCAGGCUGUUGGAGGAGAAGCCAGACAUAUCAGCAGUGCUUUCACAACGUUUGCUGUUUCUAGUGACACAGACAGUGUGAUAGUUUUGCCUCAGCUGGAGACAAGUAAUGAGAUUGAAAAACGAAGAUGUUCAGAAGCUCAAGCUCGAUAUUUUUCUCGUUUGUCUAGAAAAUCGCUUUCGGAUGGAGAGAAGAGUGUUCUGCAUUGGUCUGAAACAGAAACGCUUGAAAUGUCACUAGAAAACAUGUCCAGGUUGGCAUCUUUAAUGGCAGUAUCAGAGUGGCAACCGAUUAAUGAUGAUAGUGAAGUGAAACUGCAUAAGUAUGAGCAAGAUGAAAACGUUGCCAUAAAGUUGCAAUUUGAAAUUGACGGCUCUGCCAAGGAAGUUUAUACACUCGUAUCAGAUAUAAAGCAGAGACAGCACUGGGAUAAACUCUGCAGGCAAUCUCAUAUACUACGCCGCAUAACUGAUACAGAUGCUAUUGUUCAGUUGAUUAUGGAUCCGAUGCAAUUGGGUCACAAUGCGAAAGAAUUUGUUCUUCUAGCAUCACAUCAUUUUGCUAGCUGUGACAAUGACUAUUAUGCUCUUGCUUUGACAUCCAUUGAAUACCAAUUGUCAUAUGGUUAUCAGGCAAGCAACUGUGAAAGAGCUGAGGUGUUGUCGUCUGGUUAUGUUGUAAGAGAGCUGCCUUUUGAAGGACCUAGUGAAGAGGGUCGUGCAAAAUGCUGUGUCACGUACUUUCAUCAGUUGAGUGCCACAGUGUUACCCUACAUUGGAGGUGAUCUGGUUGGUCUAACAGCAGUGUUGAUAAACACAGGCAGGCGUCUAAAAUCUUACAUAACCACAAAACUCAUAUCCGACCACAGUGAAGGAUAGUAAGAUCAAUGAAAGUCGAUAUUAAUUUUGUUGGACUUACCUAUACAGACAAAUUGCGAAUUUGAUGAUUUGUUAAUUGCACUCGUCUGGCGCGUGUAUUUGUUUUGUUGUGAAUUCCUGUUGUAUGCGUUAGUAGGACUGAUAAGGUAUUUUUGUAUGCUGUUAAAUUUCGUAUUUGAUUUUACCACAACAUGUCACGUGUUAAAUGUCAUGAGGUCACGUGCUAAGAGAGACAUGACAAUAGAUUACUUU